GAAAUCCGAGCACACAGUAGCCAAUGGUGACUGGAAACAGGAGAGUCUACUUUACAAAAACCCCAUGACAACGGCACACACAAAAGAGCCUGAAACGUACAAAAAGAAAGUUGCAGAGCAGACUUAUUUUUGCAAACAGCUUGCCAAGAGGAAGUGGCAAUUAUAUAAAAACUACUGUGGAGAGACUGGGGUUCUUUUUAAAAACAAAGUAUUUUCAGCACUUUUUAUUGCUAUCUUGUUUUUUGAUAUCGGAGGGUUUCCACCUUCGUUACUUAUGGAAGAUGUAGCGAGAAGUUCCAAUGUGAAAGAAGAAGAGUUUAUUAUGCCUCUUAUUUCCAUUAUAGGCAUUAUGACAGCAGCUGGUAAACUCCUUUUAGGGAUACUGGCUGACUUCAAGUGGAUUAAUACCUUAUAUCUUUACGUAGCUACCUUAAUGAUCAUGGGCCUGGCCUUAUGUGCAAUUCCAUUUGCCAAAAGUUAUGUCACGUUGGCAAUACUUUCUGGGAUCAUAGGGUUUUUUAAUGGUAAUUGGUCCAUCUUCCCAUAUGUGACCACGAAGACUGUGGGAAUUGAAAAAUUAGCCCAUGCCUAUGGGAUACUAAUGUUCUUUGCGGGACUUGGAAAUAGCCUUGGACCACCCAUUGUUG